ACUCAACUAUUCUAUGUCGUUAACUUCCUCCUUCAAGGUGCACCAACUCCUGAUGGGAGAUUCACGUGACGUGCACCGUAGCGCGUCUCUAGUAGGUCCGAGCUCCCCCAUUGGCCGAGCGGAGAAGAGGCAAUCGAGACUCAUUUUGGUACGUAUGAGACGACUGUUGCGUGAAAACAAGGACGGCAUUGGAUACAGAAGGUAUUUUCUCUGCUUUUUGGUAUCAGGAAAUGACGCACACUCACGCCGUCACGCCACUUCUCGGACGCUGUUUGUCUUCAUGGGAAGCCGCACUCAAGUUAUAACUGCUUCCACUCUUCCCUUCAUAUUUCUUUUGACAAAACUUCGUCUCCAUCCAUCACGUCCUUUCUAUCCAAUUUGCGCAAACCGACCGUAUUAG